UAUCUAUGUUCACACUUGUUGAAAAAGGAAAGAGAUAAUCAAAAUGGUGGAGUGGUCAGAUUCCGAGCGCAAAACUGUUGCGAGUCUCUGGGGCAAAAUCAACGUCGGUGAAAUCGGACCCCAGUCUCUGGCAAGGGUGCUGAUUGUAUACCCCUGGACUCAGAGGUAUUUCGGUACCUUUGGAGACCUAUCCAGUGCAGCUGCAAUCCUGGGCAAUCCUAAAGUGUCAGCACAUGGUAAAACUGUGCUAAAUGCGUUGGACAAAGCCGUGAAGAACAUGGAUAACAUCAAAGCCACUUACGCCAAACUUAGCCAGCUGCACUGCGAGAAACUCAACGUCGAUCCAGGCAACUUCACUCUGUUGUCCGAUUGCCUCACCAUUGUUCUUGCGACCACAUUUGGACCCGCUUUCACCCCUGCAGUUCAGGCCACCUGGCAGAAGCUCCUGUCUGUAGUUGUGUCCGCUCUCACCAGCCAAUACUUCUGAAGACCUGCUCGACAUCUCUGCCUCAAUGCAAUGAUUCGAUGAAUUAAAGUGUUGAAAAGUAUAUAAAUAAAGCAAUCAAACAAGG